GCUCAAUUAAUUACAAUGUAUUAGUGAUCAGGAUUGAAACACUUUUGAAAAAAUGGACCAAUUGGGAUGAUACUGAACUGAUAACUGAUAUUUAUGAUAGAGAAAUUUGGAAAACUUUCCUAUCACAAAUUGACACACCUGAUUCUUUGCGAUUUUUUACAUCAAAAACUGCUGAUUCUCAUUUAGGAAUUAUGAUAAAUCUCGAUUAG